AUGCAUUUAUUCAUCUUUUAUGAAGUUCUUAUUCUUUCCGUGUUCUUCCAAUGCAUAUAUAAUUACAAAUUUGUAAGAAAUAUCUAUUACUCGGAAAAAAUUCCUUUCGAUAAAAAUGGAAAAGACGUAGGCUUGCUUAGCGGGAUGCACAAGACGAAAGAGGUGCGAAACAAACGAAAUUCCCAACUCAACAUGAAGAAAUUUAUCAACGCUAGGGAUCCGAAUGACCCCCAGGAGUACCUCAAAGACAUUCCAUACAAGGACGAAUUAGACCGAAUACAAAUACGAGGAAAGAAAAUCGAAAUGAGGUCUAUAUUCUCGCCCAACGGGGAGCUAAUCCCAGCCACGCUAAUCGAAAUAAUGCCAAACGUGAUUUACCGCUUUCUCGACUUUGGAAAAGUUGGAAUAGCCUAUGGAAAGCCCUUGGAUGAAAGCAGGUGGAUACUUAAACCAGAAAUUGGGCAGAUCGCCAAGGUUGGAUGUAAUUAUAAAAAUACAUGCAGCUUAACUUUAACUCCGCCACAGAAUUUUGUGCUGGGGCAAAUUAUAGACGUGUCCUAUUUAUACAAUUAUAAAUAUGUGAACGUUCGCGGGCUGUCCAAGGGGAAGGGUUUCUGCGGGGUCAUUAAGAGAUGGGGUUUUCGCAGAGGUCCCAUGACACAUGGAAGUUCCCAUCACCGUAAGCCUGGCUCCAUAGGAGCAUCUACACAUAUAGGGCGUGUGUUAAAGGGAAAAAAAAUGCCUGGAAAACACGGAAACAAAUACAGAACUAUGAUUAAUUUAAAACUGUUAGGGUUGAAUUUGGAGCGAAACGAAAUUCUAGUCAGUGGCUGCAUCCCCGGGAACAGAAACUCUUAUGUGACUGUGACCGCCACGAGGGACAACAAAGUAGAUAAAUAUAAGUAUAUACUUGAUUUGCUAUAUGAGCAGGAGAAAAAUGCGAAUUAA